GCAACGUGUGUUGUUAAUGAUGGCUGAUAUUCGACCUCCAUCCCUGUCACCUCAAGGAGUCGUUAAACUCUUAAAUGACUACUUUCCUUUCAAGCAUAUUGCCGAGAGUUCUGUGAAAGAAUUGAAUAGCUACGAUGAUAGGAACUAUUAUUUUCGUGGUCAUUUCCUUGGUAAUAUUCCAAAGUCUGAGCAUAGUUCGUCUGAAAAUGAGUUUGUCUUAAAAGUACUCAAUUGGCGUGACUCAGAGAUGAAAUCAACCGUUGAAAUGCAAACUGAAGUGAAGAAGUUCCUUUUUUCGAAAGGUAUAAAUGUUCCUUUUCCAGUUGCUUCUGUAAAUGGAACGGAAAUUGUGACACUGUCAGGGUCAUCACUAUUCUCAUAUAGUGAGGUCAGCUGUGAUUCUCAAGCAGCACAGUAUCACUAUCAUGCACGUGUUCUGACAUACCUACCAGGUAAGUUGCUAAGUGACGUUUUUGUUUCCCCAUCCGUUAUGUUCCAAUUGGGAGAGUACAUUGGAUCUGUGUCUCGUGAAAUGAAGCUUUUUUCACAUCCUGGUGCUUCUGCAAGAAAAUUAUUGCAGUGGGAUUUGCAACACUUACUCACAUUGCGUUCUCUUGCUGACAAAAGUAUAUCUGAUCUCGAUAAGCUCCAAGUUAUACACAAGAACUUUCAUGAUUUUGAAGAAAAUGUGGUGCCCAUGAUGCCUACAUUGCCACACAGUAUUUGUCAUAAUGAUCUUAAUGAUAUGAACAUUAUUGUAGAGGAGAAUCAGUUGGGGGAUGUUGAGGUCGUUGGUUUAAUUGACUUUAAUGAUUGUGUUUAUACUCCCACAGUUUUUGACCUUGGUAUAGCUAUGGCCUAUGCAUCUUUGGAAAGACCAGAUCCUUUGAAAAGUGUUGCACCAUUAUUAUCUGGCUAUCUUAAGGAAAACCCUUUAACGGAGAAGGAGAUAAAUUUGCUGUAUUAUGUAAUUCUUGGACGAUUAACUCAAACCUGUGUCAAUGGUGAGUAUACUUAUCAUUCUGAUCCUUCCAAUAAGUAUAUACUGACACAUUUGAAGCCAGCCUGGGAAACAAUCAGUAAAAUCCAAGCUACUGGCAAGAAAGUUUGUGAUGAAAUAUGGCAUGAUGCUGCAUCAAAAACUCUCAAGGAUUACCUUUUUAAUUAAUAAUAAUUAUUGUUUAUAAUUAAAGACUCAACAUUUUUGUGUUAAAAAUGGCUAGCAUUAAUUGUCAGUUUUGUCACAGAAAAAGAAGUGUUAUUUCUCUUUUUUAUUAGCCAAUAGCCAUACUUGUACAAUUAUUUUUCUUGAAUUCAAAAAGAGUUAGAGAUUCACCCCAAAUAAUUCAUUUUCAUUACUGAUAAA